AUGGCCCUCUUACCACGAUGGCUACGGUUACGGGUUCCGCGGCCCCGAACUUUCCUUUAUUUCUUCAGUCUGCGCACGGGGGUGGAGAUGAUAUCGCUGUCGAUGAUAUUCAAUAAGGUUACUGGAUUCUUCGGACUUCUCGCCAUCCUCGCAGGCCUCCGAUUAUCGCCCCUUCAACUAUCGAUGUACCUCUACUCAGUUGCAGCCGUCAUCGUCCUUGCCAUGCUGGCACCGCACAUCCGCAAACAGGAUCCAUUCCAAUGUCUAGCGCUGGCAUGGCUGUAUAUCUUCGAUACCAUUAUCAAUACGGCUUUCACCGCUGCGUUUGCUUUCACCUGGUUCCUCGCUGUUAGCGCAAAUAACUCCAACUCCAAUAUCCCCGGGAGUGCGCCGGGGAGCGGGACGAUCGAUGAUACCGCCGGUUUUACGAGCCCGAAGUAUAACGCCUCGGAAGCCGAGGAGGGCCAAGAAGCUGCUGCGAUGGGUGCAAGGGCCGCGGCAGCGACUGCUGCGGGCCCAAGUCUUGCGCAUGGGAUAGUAAUCGAGGAGGGCAUCACGAGCGUCAUGUUCGUGGUAGUGUUCACGCUGAUCCGGGUGUACUUCAUCCUCAUUGUGAUGGCAUUUGCGAGGCAAGUUAUACGGCAACGCAUGUAUAGUUCCUCCGCUUCGAAAAUACACCUCCACAACGACAACGACGGGGAUGCCGACGCUCUCGCGGAUAAUCCUUUUGCGGUUGGAAGGUCGGAAGGCCAAGGCUGGAGGGGGAAGCUGGGAAGGAUCAUGGUCAAGGUCGGCGAGAGCUACUGGCUGGGAGGGCAGCCGGACGACUCCUGGGUCAAGGGCGUCGAUGGGAGAUUCAAAUCGGCGCGGAUUGCCAGCGGACCGCCAGGCACCUUCGAGAGGGAACGGAGGGCGAGAAGCGGGACAGGGCCGCCCGCUCCACAACGACCGGGGAAGUAG